UGAAACAUGAUGACAGGAGGUAAUAAAGCCAGUGGCAAGACAAAAACAGAAAAAUUCCAAUUUGGUCCAUGGACUUUAACUGCAACGGAAAGUCAUAUCCUCAAGUCUGAGGGACCAGAGAGAGAACGAUUUGAAAGCCAGUUAGAAUUGCCACAGUUUCCAGAGAUGGUAUUUGCUAACAACAUACUUCAUCUGGAACAUAUGGGAGGAUUUGGAAUAGAAUUCAACACAUUUGAUGCACUGAAGAUGGUUGAUGCUCACCACGAUCACCUGAAGGUCGCUGUUUCUGAAGCUUGGCAGGAAGCAAGAGCUGACAGUGAACAUAUAAAGGAGGUGAUAAAGCCGUUUGAUUGGACCUACACGACAGAGUAUCAAGGCACAGUGUUUGGGAAGGGUGACACACAAAUCAAGGUGUCCGACACAGAAGAAAGAAUAGAUAUGGAAAAGUUAAUGGUCAAGGAGAAGAUCAUGUUUUAUGCUGAUAUUCUGUUGUUUGAGGAUGAACUUGCAGAUAAUGGAACCUCUAUAUUAAAUGUCAAGAUUCGAGUCAUGCCGACUAGUUUCUUUAUCCUAAUGAGGCUGUUUAUGAGAGUGGACAAUGUAAUGGUCAGGAUUAAUGAUACACGACUUUAUCACGAGGCUGAGAACAACUUUAUUUUGAGAGAAUUUACUAGCAGAGAUGAUCAGAUAAAGGAUAUCAAGGCUCCUCCACAUGUCUUGACACAACCAAAUGAAGUCCAGAAAUACCUGACUGUGCGGAAGGAAGUGUUUCAAAAAUUAGAAUUUCCUGUUAUGUCUAAAGACACAAAUACUGUACCCCAACAGACGUAACCAGUAACAACUAAAGGACUUCAUUCUAUGAUUUGCUCACUGACUCUAGAGAUAAAGAUGGUUUCUAUUUGACACAAACCAAUUUUGAUAUUGAAACCAUUACCUUUAUUAUGGUGAUUGCUGGCAUUGUCAGUUUGUAAAACCACAGAAAGCCAUAAUAUGUGAUGUUUAUAUCACACAGCACCAAGUGAUUGUUAGUGUGCCAGUCAGUCUGAAAUGAGUGGCUGUUAGUGUGACCACACAACACAAAUGUACAAUGACCGCAAUAGGCAGUUAUUUUGAGUGAUCGGCAGUGUAUAAGCUGUCAGGAUGAUUUUUAGUGAUCGGCAGUGUAUAAGCUGUCAGGAUGAUUUUGAGUGAUUGGCAGUGUAUAAGCUGCCAGGAUGAUUUUGAGUGAUCGGCAGUGUAUAAGCUGUCAGGAUGAUUUUUAGUGAUCGGCAGUGUAUAAGCUGUCAGGAUGAUUUUGAGUGAUUGGCAGUGUAUAAGCUGUCAGGAUGAUUUUGAGUGAUUGGCAGUGUAUAAGCUGCCAGGAUGAUUUUGAGUGAUUGGCAGUGUAUAAGCUGCCAGGAUGAUUUUGAGUGAUUGAAAUUGUUUGAGCUGUUACGAUGAUUUUGAAUGAAAUUGUUUUGGCUCAACUGUAGGUUUAUUUUUCUGUGAUACCACCUCCCCUGGCUGAACUAACAGUUUGGAUACAAAUAUUUUGUCAAUCCAAAGAUUUCUAAGGUGUGUUCUUACUUCAUGGAAUCAUUGCUUAAAUUUUACAUAAAACUUAGAUAUUCAUUAAACCUGAGAUGGCCUUCUGCUGAUUUCUAAUAUAUAAUAAUAGUAAGUCUGCAUCCCAGGACUUUUUUGUUAUAAUGCAUUUUAAACUGACAAGCCUGAUAUGAAAUACUGUCGUAGGGGUCUUUAAGCUACCAACAGAUCAUAAUUCCGUUAUACAAGUUUUAUAAAUAGCUGGGUAGGGGUGAUAAUUAUUUGUUUAUAAUAAUGCAGAGCUUUUUACUACAUUACGAAUUAAUGAUCCAAACUAAAUGUUGUCUUGUUAUAACACACACUUAAUUAAGAGGGGUAUCCACUUUGACUGUCCGUCCAUAUGUCCAUACAAAGUAUGUGUUCGUGAACCUCCUACGUGGGGCAGUUGCCAGGUACUGACCGUAGGCCGGUGGUUUUUCUCCGGGUUCUCCGGCUUUCCUCCACCUCCAAAACCUGGCACGUCCUUAAAUGACCCUGGCUGUUAAUAGGACGUUAAACAAAACAAACCAAACCAGAUCGUGAACCUCUGGACAGAUUUAGUUCAUGCUUGCACCAUAACAUCACAUCAGGUUCUACACCGGAUUUUGGUGAUCAUCAGUCAAGGUUAAUGGGCAAGGUCAAACUCGACCACUUUAUGAAGGCUCACCGAAGAGUGUGUAAGCCCUUCAUUCACUUUUCUGUAUUAUUUUACGGAAUAAUAUUUGUUUUACUCGUGGAAUUAAGGUAAAGUUAAACUAGCGAAGGGACUAUGGGUUACUGUAAUAAGCAUAGGUACUCUAUGUUACUGUAACUAGCACAGUCUAUAGGCCACUGUCUAGCACAGGGGACUGUAGGUUACUGUUUACUGGCACAGGACACUGUAGGUUACUGUUUACUGGCACAGGGGACUGUAGGUUACUGUUUACUGGCACAGGGGACUGUAGGUUACUGUUUACUGGCACAGGGGACUGUAGGUUACUGUUUACUGGCACAGGGGACUGUAGGUUACUGUUUACUGGCACAGGGGACUGUAGGUUACUGUUUACUGGCACAGGACACUGUAGGUUACUGUUUACUGGCACAGGGGACUGUAGGUUACUGUUUACUGGCACAGGGGACUAGGUUACUGUUUACUGGCACAGGGGACUGUAGGUUACUGUUACUGGCACAGGGGACUGUAGGUUACUGUUUACUGGCACAGGGGACUGUAGGUUACUGUUUACUGGCACAGGACACUGUAGGUUACUGUUUACUGGCACAGGGGACUGUAGGUUACUGUUUACUGGCACAGGGGACUGUAGGUUACUGUUUACUGGCAC